GAAAGCAAUAGCAAAGCAAGCAAGGUCUCAUGGUAGUGAGAAGGUAACAGCAGUGUCAAGUUUAAUUUCAUUUGUUAAUGCUUCAUUUUGUUAAGUAAAUCAUCGUUCAAGGUUCGAACGGGGACUACUGAUAUUAAAGAAACAGAAGAGGAAGUUUAUUCGGCAACACAUAAUUUUACACCGGUAACACAGAUUGAACGAAUCGCAAUGGAUAGUCUGAAUCAAUAACUAUCAACUUAAUCGUGACCUUUGCAAACUCAAUCCGGCGACGCCUUUCCACGAAAAAUAGACGAUUAUUUUCUCAAAGAAUGGAAACAUAACAAGCAAUUACGUUUAGCACAGAGCUCUGUAGUCAUGUGAUCAUCGGUGGCUUCAUCACGUACGCCCCAUCUCAUGUCCACCACCUGUGGAAAGAAGUUUAAUUAUUAUAUUUUUCUCUAAUGAACUGUUUAUAAUAUUGACUGAGAAUCAAGCAUAAUAAUCAGAAAAAUGGCUCCCGAUCCAGUGACGCAAAUGAAUACAUAUCGGUCAUACGUGACCAUGCUGGGUGAUCCAAGUUCGAAGGAUGAACUGAAGCUGAAGGCAGCUCAGGAAUUGUCAGAAAAUUUUGAGAUCAUUAUGUGUUCCUCGCAAUAUCCGGGGUUUCUUGAUCACAUGAUGAAGAUUUUUCUGAAGAUACUGCAAGAAGGAGAGCCGCACUUCAUAUCAGAAUACAAUAUUCAACAAGUUAGAAAACUGAUUUUGGAAAUGAUACAUAGAUUGCCUAGCAAUGACUACUUGCGUCCGUAUGUCAGAUCUAUUCUGACUCUCAUGUCCAGAUUGCUAGAAACAGAUAAUGAAGAGAAUGUUUUAGUAUGUUUACGCAUCAUUAUCGAACUUCAUAAGCAGUAUAAACCAACAUUUAAUCCAGACAUACAAUUUUUCCUUCAAUUUGUCAAGACGGUAUAUGGCGAACUGCCAAAGAAUUUAUCAAAAAUAUUUGAACCGCGUCCUCCUCUACGAGUAAAAGAUUUGUCGGAAAUUAACGUAGAAGCUCUUCUGAAGGAAACAUUUACGAUUACAGCAAUACAAAGUGAAAAGAAGGCAGCCGAUGGCACUAUCAUUACAUACAAUUUAAUCCCGAAAGCAAUGUUGUCUCUCAAAGUACUUCAAGAAUUGCCGAUAAUUGUGGUGUUGAUGAACCAAAUAUACAAACAAAACGUUCAUCAGGAUGUAUCAGAUUUCGUUCCGAUCGUGAUAACGACAAUAUCGCUACAACCGAGCCCGCAACAUCGCGCGUCACCCGGUUUCAACAAGGAAGUCUUUGUCGAUUUUAUGGGAGCGCAAGUGAAAACCUUAUCUUUUCUUGCAUACGUUAUAAGAGUGUACCAAGAUGUAAUAUCUCAAAAUAGCGCGAUGUUAGUCAAGGGAAUUUUAGGAUUGUUCACUUUGUGUCCCAUGGAAGUAGCGCAUUUACGAAAGGAAUUAGUAAUCGCGUCUCGUCAUAUACUUGCCACGGAUUUGCGUAAUCAAUUUAUCCCGCACAUGGAAAUUUUCUUCAACGAGGACAUUUUCAUCGGACAUGGUUGGACAGCCCACGAAGCGCUCAGACCACUAGCGUACUCCACACUCGCCGAUUUAGUUCAUCAUGUUAGAUUACAGUUGCCGCUCAGCGAUGUAUCGAGAGCGGUACAUUUGUACGGUAAAAAUCUGCUCGAUCAAACUUUACCUACAGCUGUUCAAAUGGUCUCGUGUAAAUUAUUAAUGAACCUGGUGGAUACUGUGAGGCAAAGGUCAGACGCAGAAAAUAGCAACCAAGGUCGAGAGUUGUUGAUGCGCAUACUGUUGGUUUUUGUGCUGAAAUUUAAAACUAUAGCCAAGAUUUAUAUUCCUGUGCUCCGAAGUAAAACGAAACAAUUACGGCCCGCUCCAGCAGACAACGCAGCCGAAGAUACAAAACCGUGUAUCGACGUGAACGAAGAGAAAGAACCGGCAAAAUCGAAAUUCGGUUUCCCGGCCUCGCAAGCAAUGAGUUACAACGUGGCGGAUUACAGAAAUCUUGUGAAGAGUUUGGUACACGGCGCUAAAGCCAUAACGUCCAAUUGUAUCAACAGUAGAACGAGCGAGGUGACACAAUCUAACCAACUUCAACCGAAGGAAACUCAGAUCUACAUACAGCUCGUUAAAUGGGCCUUACCGGCUCUAGACAUCUAUAUGAUCGGUCCACCCGCUAUAAUGGGCGCUCCCGCGCAACCAGGUAGACCGGCGCAAUCACAAACUAUACGAACGCGAGAAGAGAAGGAAGUUCUGGAACUCUUCGGCAACGUGUUCACUCAGAUGAGUCCGCAAACGUUUCAGGAAAUAUUCUCCAUGUGCGUGGACUACAUGGUCGAGAGGAUUUUCAAGAACUGUGCUUUACAAAUAAUUGGGAGUGCAUUUCUGUCGAGCCCGACUAUAUCACCGACGUUUGCUACGAUCUUAGUAGAGUAUUUGUUAGACAGAAUGAACGAUAUGGGAUCAAAUGUGGAGAGAAGUAACUUAUAUCUUCGAUUGUUCAAAUUAGUCUUUGGUAGCGUGUCUCUAUUCCCUGCCGAGAACGAGCAUAUGCUACGGCCACAUUUAAAUCUAAUUGUGAAUCGCGCUAUGGAACUUGCUAUGUCAGCGAAGGAGCCUUUUAAUUAUUUUUUAUUGUUGCGCGCAUUAUUCAGAUCCAUAGGAGGCGGAUCUCAUGAUCUUCUCUAUCAAGAAUUUUUACCUUUGCUUCCCAACAUGCUGGAGGGACUGAAUCGAUUGCAAUCUGGUUUACACAGACAACACAUGAAAGACCUUUUCGUCGAAUUGUGCUUAACGGUGCCAGUUCGUCUCAGUUCCCUUUUACCGUAUUUGCCAAUGUUAAUGGAUCCCUUAGUCUCCGCUCUAAAUGGUAGUUAUUGUUUGGUAAGCCAGGGCCUCCGCACUCUCGAAUUGUGUGUCGACAAUCUCCAACCAGAUUUCCUCUACGAACAUAUACAACCUGUGCGCGCUGAUCUAAUGCAAGCUCUUUGGAGAACAUUACACAACUCUAACGAUCAGGCUCAUGUUGCAUUUAGAGUUCUCGGGAAAUUUGGCGGUGGUAACCGAAAGAUGAUGAUUGAACCACAGAAGCUGGAAUACAAUGAUCGCGAAACGACAUCACCCAACGUAGUUGUUUACUUCCAGGGACCAUCGCAGCCGAUUGAUUUCCCAAUGGAAAAAGUAAUCGAGACCGCGUUCAACGCAUUAAAAAGCAAUACAACGGACAUAUUCUAUCGUAAACAGUGCUGGGAGGUCAUAUAUUGCUACUUGGCAGCUUCUCUAUCGUUAGACGAUUCUGCUUAUCUGUGGCACAGAGUAUUUACACAUCCAAGUUUCAAAGAGACUGUUAUACUACAACAACCACCACAGGAGUCUUAUUACAAAUGCCCCGACGCCGUGGCGCGGAACGUUCAGCAGACCGCAUUGACUGGCAUGUUCGUUGCUGCGGAGAUCAAGGAAUUGAGACCGGCGGUGCUUGACACCGUUAUUUGCGUUGUGAGGCACUACACGAUGAUCGCCAUAGCACAACAAGCCGGUCUCUUUCACGGUACAGAGCGGGAAGUUCGCACACAGGGACAAGAUCCGCUUGUGUUGAUCGACGCCCUCGCUGUCAUAAUGGGUCACGACGAAAGGGAGCUGUACAAAGCGGGAUAUCUCGCAUUGGUACUGAUAUUAGAAACGGCGACGAACAUUUUAGGGUCCAAGGAGCGAGCUUGCCAAUUACCUUUUAUGGAAUAUCUAGCGGAGAAAAUGUAUUCGCUGUGUUACGAGCGAGCCUGGUACGCGAAAUUAGGCGGGUGCAUAGCGAUUAAAUUUCUUUUCGAACGAAUGGCCACCAAGUGGGUUCUCAAUCAUUUGUUCGUUUUCAUCAAAGCUCUCAUAUUUGUGAUGAUGGAUCUAACUGACGAAGUAUCUAAUGGCGCGAUCGAUAUGGCGAAGGAGAAUCUUGAGAAGAUGCUACGCGUCUGCGUGAAUCCUGAUAUUCAGGAAGGCAACGCGGAAUUGAUAGAGGCGCGAAAUAAAAGCUUGAACGAAGUCACUCGCGAAUUAGUCAAGCAGGUCACAUCGCCUCACACGAUCGUGCGAGAACAAGCUAUGGCUUCGUUGCGCCAGCUGGCUGAGAUACAGAAUAAAUCUGUGACAGAAGUGAUGGAGCCGCAUAAAGACGCUCUAGCGGAUAUGAUCCCGCCGAAGAAGCACCUUUUGAAGCAUCAGCCAGCUAAUGCGCAGAUCGGCUUGCUCGACGGUAAUACUUUUUGCACCACAUUGAAUCCGCGCCUCUUCACCAUCGACGUAAACAUAACGGAGCAUCAAACAUUUUUUCAAGAGCUAUUAAUUCUCUGCGAAGCGGACGAGAUUACUCUCAGUAAGUUCCCUUGUUACAAAUCGAUCUCGAACUUGAUGCCACUGAAGAAAUCAGCGCUACGAGCACUCGCAGCCUGCCAUUACAUUAUGUGCUGCCGUGAAAAGAUAUUCGCGGCGCUCUAUAAAGCACUUGAGAAGUCCAAUGCCGAGCUACAAGAGACGGCCUUCGAAUGCAUGAAAAUGUUCAUCGCCGGCUUUCAAAUUGAGAUGGAAUCGGUUCAUACGAUAAUGCGACCUAUGUUGUUGACAUUGGGCGACCACAGGAAUCUCAGUUUGAAUUGCGUGAGAAAAUUGUCAUAUCUAACGCAACUCUUUCCGAGUACCUUUAGCAUCACGCUUUGUGAACAGCUGUUGCAACAUCUCAAGAAACUUCUGGAGAAUCUAAUUCAGUCUCACAAAUGUAUACAAGUGAAGUACGGCGAGAACGAGCAAAAAAUCACCAUUAUCAUAGGAAUAUUUCACGAGAUUCCGGCAGCGGCACCGAAGUUCAUCGAUGUGCUGUGCAGAUUGGUGUUACAAACUGAAAAAUCGUUACUGGUCGAGGUCUCCAGUCCUUUCAGGAUGCCCCUGAUGAAAUUUCUGUUACGAUACCCGGCGGAGACACUUAAUCUGUUUUUGCACGACAACAAUAUCAAAGAUCAGCAGUGGAGCAGAUAUUUGGAAUAUUUGGUUAAGCACAAGGAUGGUAAACCGUUCCGAGAUAUCUUGCAUAGUAGCACAGCGCGCCUUGUGACAAUGUUGCUCGCGCACUCACAAACAAACUCUAAUUUGACGCCUACGGAAAAGAGCGAAUUACAAUACCGCGCGAUCAGAAUCAUCGCUAUACUCAUCAAAUUCGACGAGCAAUGGCUAUCCACGCAGAAUCAGUUGGUGAAUGCAUUGAAGCAGAUCUGGUGCAACGACGACUAUCAGACGUUGCACAAGAAGGUCGAGGGCGUUGAAUACUCUCACUGGAAAGAACCGAAGCAUAUCGUCAAGAUCCUGCUGCAUUAUUUCCGUCACCAACCGAACGAUAUCGAUCUACUGUUUCAGUUAUUGCGAGCCAUGUGCGAUCGGUUCGUGCCUGAUUUUCAAUUUUUGCGGGAUUUUUUGGAGCACACAGUGGCGCAACAAUACACAGUCGAAUGGAAACGCAACGCUUUCUUCCGCUUUGUCGAACAUUUUCCCACGAACAAUAUGUCACAGGAGUUGAAAGCCAAUGUUCUACAGUUGAUCAUCAUUCCGUGUUUCGCUGUGAGUUUCGAGAGAGGCGAGGGCACUAAAUUAGUAGGAGGUGCACCUAUGCCUUAUCAAGAUAAUCCAGAGAACGUUGUCUCAGUAUUUAUCAGCAAAAUCAUCGAUCCAGACAACCCAUUUGGUUCCGCGGAUUGUGUACGCAUUUCUCUACUACAAUUUUCUUGCCUGCUUGUCGAACAAGCAUCGCAACAUAUACACGAUGUCACUAAUAAAAGACAGGGAAAUAAACUACGUCGCUUGAUGACUUUUGCUUGGCCCUGCUUGCUAGGCAAGAAUUGCGUUGAUCCGACAACCAGAUACCAUGGACAUCUUCUUCUCAGCCACAUAAUCGCCAAAUUCGCUAUUCACAAGCGCAUAGUCUUACAAGUGUUUCAUAGUUUAUUGAAAGCGCAUGCUGUAGACGCACGUAAUGUCGUGAGACAAGCACUGGAAAUACUGACUCCCGCGAUGCCUGUUCGAAUGGAAGAUGGCAACACAAUGUUGACACAUUGGACGAAAAAAAUAAUUGUUGAAGAGGGUCAUUCUAUGCAACAAUUGUUUCAUAUAUUGCAGUUGGUCGUAAGACACUACAAAGUUUACUACCCGGUCAGGCAUCAUCUGGUUCAGCAUAUAGUGAAUUCCAUACAACGUUUGGGAUUCAGUCCUACAGCUACCAUCGAGCACAGACGACUGGCCGUCGAAUUGGCAGAAGUCAUCGUAAAGUGGGAACUGUACAGAAUCAAGGAAGAGGCCGAAACCGCGGAAUCCAACAGUAGUAGAGCAACCGCACAGUCGUCGGGCUCAAUUAAGCGACCGAGUGUCGAAGAUCCGUCCGGAAAGCGCUUGAGCGCUCAAGCAACAUCGUCGAGCAAUAGUCCUGUGCCUGUUAUUCUACCCCGAAUAGAACCAGGAUCGACGAAACCCAUCGAGAGAACUCACGCGGAUGCAGUUCUAAAUUUCUUAUUGCGUCUUGCAUGUCAAGUGAAUGAUGUGACAACAAUUCAUGGUAAUCCAGGUGAGCAGCUAUCUAGACGAUGUGUUUCACUCUUGAAAAUGGCCUUGAAGCCAGACGUAUGGAUUGCUGAACAGUGCGAUCUGAAAUUAGCUUGGUUGGAUAAGGUUCUUGCUAGCGUGGACAGUGCUCAACCUAAUUUCGGUAACAUCAGCACGGCGUUGGAAGUGCUAACCUUUCUGCUGGGCGUGAUGAAACGCGAGCAAAUACUCGUUAGUUUUAAACCAUUGCAACGCGGAAUAGGCGCCUGUAUCGCAAGCAGCAAUACGAAAGUCAUUCGUCUGGUGCAUGGACUGUUGUCAAGAUUGAUGACAAUUUUCCCUGCCGAAGCAACUCCAGCGAACAUAGCUUCCAAACACGAGGAGCUGGAUACUUUGUACGCAACCGUAAGUCGAUUUAUAGCCGAAGGAUUGGCCACUUACGAGAAAACUACCACAGCUGCCCCUAGCUCACUUUUUGGCACCUUAAUGAUGCUUAAAGCUGCUUGUACGAACAAUACCAGUUAUAUAGACCGACUGAUAACACCGUUUAUGAGAGUCUUACACAGGAUGGCUAAAGAACACUUGCACACGACCCAAACCGAAACCAAUCCGGUGACGAGCGAAUUGCUUAUUCUCAGUUUGGAUCUGGUCAAAAAUCGCGUAGUAGUAAUGAGCGUCGAUAUGCGCAAAACGUUCAUAGGCGCGAUUUUGGUCGGCCUGAUCGAGAAGACGCAGGACGUGAAGGUGAUGAAAGCCAUCACGAAAAUACUAGAGGAAUGGAUGAAGACCAAGUCCACCAUCGCGGUCAAUCAAGCGCCUACUUUACGCGAGAAGUCAAUUCUGUUGGUUAAAAUGAUGCAGUAUGUCGAGAAACGCUUUCCCGAAGAUCUGGAGUUGAAUAGACAAUUUUUAGAGUUAGUCAACUAUGUUUACCGCGACGAGACGCUAAAGGCGACAGAAUUAUCCAACAAAUUGGAACAAGCUUUCCUGGCUGGCGUGCGUUGCGUCCAGCCGCAAGUGCGGGCGAAAUUCUUCGAAGUGUUCGACGGCUCAAUGAAGAGACGCCUGCAAGAUCGUAUUUUGUACAUCGUCGUGAGCCAGAAUUGGGAGAACAUAGGACAACAUUACUGGAUCAAGCAGUGCAUCGAGUUGCUAUUAGCCACUGUCAAUCCGACAACUCAGAUACAAAUGACAAAUCAAGAUCUCUUGUUGCCUAGUGUGACGUCUCUCAUGCACGGCAUGAUAAAGGAAGAGCAGGAUAACGAAGAGCAGACACUCUUCUGCAGCCUUGGUCAACCGGGUGAAGAGCAACAAGAUAUUCUCGAGAUAAAGGAAGAAAGAGAUGUGAAAGAUUCGCUCCUCGAAAUGGACACAUGGUUGUCUGGCACGUUGGAUUCGACGAAUGCUGCCACCACCACUGCCGCCACCACCGCCGAGGAGAUCACCGAGAAACCCAGCCUAGCACAAAUGAUCAGUAAGCAGGGACGCUUCAUGGAGGAGGCGAAGAAGGUGAAAACGGAGCAACUGCUGCUGGCGACCGCCCAGUUGUGUCACAUGGACACGAAACUGGCUGAACGCGUCUGGUUAGACAUAUUCCCGCGAAUAUGGGCUAUUCUGGAGGAAUCAUAUCUCAACGCGAUGAUGGCGGAAGUGCCACCUUUCGUGGCGAGUGGCGCACACGUUAUCCAAAAGGAUUGCCAUCCAAGUGCGCUCGGUACUUUCUUGGAAGCGUUGGCGCAUUGCAAUCCGCCGGUUGCGAUAGCACCGCCCGUGAUGAAAUACCUAGGUAAGUCACACAAUUUUUGGCAUCGAACCACUUUGCUUUUGGAACAAAUGGCCUUCGAGAACGACAAUCAGACUGUGAAGAAGAGGUACGAGUGGUACGAGUUGGAAAAAGUCGACGGCCCCGGUCGCCACUAUGAAGUCAUGGAUAUGCUCUCGGAAAUGUAUUCGAUGUUGUGCGAGGAAGAUAUGUGGUCGGGCCUCUGGCAGAAGAGGCCAGCGCAUUACAAGGAAACUUUACACGCGAUCGCACUGGAGCAGCAAGGAUUCUUCGAGCAAGCUCAAGGAGCAUAUGAAGUAUGCCUGUCGAAAUUUCGUCAGGACUACGCAUCGGGACCAGCGCCGUAUCACGUCAACAAAGAAAUGCUGCUCUGGGAGCGUCACUGGGAGCGCACAACGAAGGAACUGAAUCAAUGGGAGAUGGGAUUAGAAUUAGGCGAGCAUAAAAACUACAAGAGUCCCUUGCUUGUCUUGGAGAGCGCGUGGCGUAUCCCCAAUUGGCCAGUGAUGAAGGACGCUCUUACACAGGUGGAACACAAUUGCCCGCGAGAAAUGGCCUGGAAGAUCAAUUUAUAUCGUGGAUUCUUAGCAUUGUGCAACAGCGAGGACCAACACCUGAAUGCUGUGGACCGCUACGUCGAACUCGCAUCCGGUCUGUGUAUGCGCGAAUGGCGUCGACUUCCACACAUCGUUAGUCACGUGCAUUUACCAUUGCUUCAAGCAGCCCAACAAAUAAUGGAGCUUCAAGAAGCGCUGCAGAUACAUCAAGGUCUGCUACACGGCAGAAGCACUUCGCUACAUGACAUGAAAGCAAUAGUAAAGACUUGGCGGAAUCGAUUACCUGUGAUAGCAGACGACCUCAGCCAUUGGUCAGACAUUUUCACGUGGCGACAACAUCAUUACAACUUCAUAUCGAACCAUUAUGAUUCUGAACAAGAUCAAACGGCCAAUCACUCACUGCUCGGCGUGCACGCUUCCAUGCAAGCGAUUAUUCAUUUUGGUAAAAUUGCAAGAAAGCAGAAUCUUUGCGGCGUAUGUCUCGAGUCGCUUGCUAAGAUUUAUAUUCCGUCGAACGUUCCGAUGGUGGAUUGCUUCCAAAAGAUUCGGCAACAAAUAAAGUGUUACUUACAAAUGGCCGCAAUGGGUGGACAAACUGAGCUGCAGGAAGGUCUGGAGAUGCUUGAAUCUACAAAUAUGCGUUACUUCACAAAAGAAAUGAAUGCGGAAUUUUUUGCGUUGAAAGGCCUACUUCAAUCGCAGCUGGGUUGCUCGGACGAAGCCAACAAGAGUUUCUCUGCUGCGGCUCAGUUGCACGAUACUCUCGUGAAAGCUUGGGCAUUGUGGGGCGACUAUUUGGAAAGUAUAUUCAUACGUGAUGCGCGCCAAAUAAACAUCGGUAUAAACGCUCUCGUAUGUUUCCUUCAUGCUUGUCGUCAUCAAAAUGAAUCCAAAUCUAGAAAGUAUAUCGCGAAAAUUCUUUGGCUACUCACGUACGCGGAUGAUAAAUCCCUCAUGGAAACGCUAGACAAAUAUGCCGUAGGUGUACCGCCGAUUCAAUGGUUACCCUGGGUACCACAGUUGCUCGUGUACUUGGUACGUCACGAAAGCAAUGCGAUCAUGAACUUACUGACUCAAGUCGGCCGUGUGUUUCCACAAGCUGUCUACUUUUCAAUUCGUACUCUCUAUCUAACUUUGAAAAUAGAACAAAGAGAACGUUAUAAAAGUAGCGAGCUGGCUGCAGGCAAGAACCAAGAGAAUAUGGAUGAUCGUACUAGCUCAACGAGCAAUGUGUUGCCGCAAGGAGUACCGGAAACUGGCCAUACAGUACGAGCUACCCCACCGAUGUGGAGAUGUUCAAAAAUUAUGCAUUUGCAAAGAGACAUUCACCCGACUAUUUUGUCCAGUUUGGAGGGUAUAGUCGAUCAGAUGGUGUGGUUCCGCGAAACGUGGUAUGAGGAGGUUCUGCGACAAUUAAAGCAAGGACUAGCAAAAUGCUAUGCAAUAGCAUUCGAGAACCGAGGUGCUGUUAAUGACGCUAUCAUUACGCAACAUACAUUAAACUUUGUGAAGAAACUCGUUUCAACGUUUGGUCUUGGGAUCGAAAAUAUAUCGUCCUCGCAAAACAUAAACAACUCAAGUGUUUCUGCUGCGUCGGAAUCUUUGGCGCGUAGAGCGCAAGCCACUGUGCAAGAUCCUGUUUUUCACAAGAUGAAGGGUCAAUUCACUAGCGACUUUGACUUUUCUGCGCCUGGAGCCAAACUACUGCACAACGUGAUUAGUAGGUUACAAAAAUGGAUAAAAAUUCUGGAAGAAAAAACGAAGCAGUUACCAAAGUCUUUCUUAAUUGAGGAAAAGUGUCGUUUCUUGAGUAAUUUUAGUUUGAAAACAGCGGAAAUUGAAUUACCUGGUGAAUUCCUAAUACCCAGGCACUCUCAUUAUUCCGUAAAGAUAGCGAGAUUCAUGCCGCGCGUUGAAAUUGUUCAACGACACAACACCGCCGCUCGAAGACUACGUAUUCGCGGCCACAAUGGUCGCCUAUAUCCUUAUCUAGUAGUUAACGAUACUGGAGUGGUUGAUGCCAGGCGCGAGGAGCGCCUGCUGCAAUUAUUACGAAUGCUGAAUCAUUAUUUAGCGAAGCAGAAAGAAACAUCGCGCCGAUUCUUACACUUUACAGUGCCGCGACUGGUUGCGGUUUCGCCGCAUAUGAGACUCGUAGAGGACAAUCCGGCGGCGAUUUCCCUCUUGGACAUUUACAAGCAGGGCUGCGCUAAGCUAGGAAUGGAACACGACGCGCCUAUCGCCAAAUAUUACGAUAAACUAGGUAGUAUACAAACAAAAGGGGCGCAAGUCAGCCAUCAAGUGCUGCGAGAUAAUCUUAAAGAGGUGCAAAAUACAAUGGUCCUCAAAACUAUGCUCAAGGAUUGGGCGAUAAAGACAUUCCCCGGUGCCACGGAUUAUUGGACAUUUAGAAAAAUGUUUACGCUGCAGUUGUCUUUGAACUGUUUCGCCGAAUACGUACUUCAUCUAACACGGCUCAGUCCUGAUAUGAUGUACUUGUACCAGGAUUCGGGACUAAUCAACAUCGCGUAUUUCAGAUUUGAUAUGGACGAUACUUCUUGCGAAUUAGAUGCAAACAGACCGGUACCUUUCCGUCUGACGCCCAAUAUUUUCGAAUUUAUCACAGCUACAGGAGUUAGCGGACCGCUGACCGCCAGCGCGAUCGCUACAGCGCGUUGCUUGGUUCAGCCCUCGUUCCAGCUGCACGCAAUACUCCGAGCGAUUCUGCGAGACGAAGUGAUUUCGAACCAUAAACGGCAAGAGGACGCCGAGGGCACGUCGCAAGCGCCGGCCGAUCUGAAGGGCGAGCAUCUGAUAACGAUGGUAACUCGUGCGGUCACCGCGAUCAUCACAAGGCUGAAUUCUCUGGCGAAUUUCGACGGCAUUGACAGUAAAGUCAACACCUUGGUCACCGCUGCCAAUAGUCCUGACAAUCUCUGCAGAAUGGAUCCCUCGUGGCACCCGUGGCUAUAAAGAUUGAACACACCUAACCAUUCGUGUUUCCAACGAACGAGAAAGGAAUUAAGACUGUUAUUACUUUGUUUAACUGAUCUUCUCGCCCGUUGGAUGCGUUGUAUUUUAACCCUCGUAUAAUUAGAAA